AUGGAGCAUGUAAACGCGGCGGCUAACCUCCAAGCCUCAGCCCCCCAGACCAUCUCCUCCAAAGACCCCAAGCUGGCCGCCAUGGCCGCCAGCGACAUGAACAUCGUCCGCCGGAAGCUCACAGGAUAUGUCGGGUUCGCAAACCUGCCCAACCAGUGGCACCGCAAGAGCGUGCGCAAGGGGUUCAACUUCAACGUUAUGGUAGUUGGCGAAUCUGGGCUCGGCAAGUCCACCCUCGUGAACACUCUCUUCAACACGUCGCUGUACCCGCCCAAGGAGCGCAAGCCCCCGAGCCUCGACAUCUCCAAGACCGUCUCGAUACAGUCUAUCAGUGCAGACAUUGAGGAAAAUGGCGUCCGCCUGCGGUUGACCGUCGUUGACACGCCCGGCUUUGGUGACUUCAUCAACAACGACGAAUCGUGGGAACCCAUUGUUAAGAACAUUGAGCAACGAUUCGACGCCUACCUUGACCAGGAGAACAAGGUGAACCGCAUGAACAUCGUCGACAAUCGCAUCCACGCCGUCGUCUUCUUCAUCCAGCCCACCGGCCACUCGCUGAAGCCUCUGGAUGUAGAGGUCAUGAAGAAGCUGCACACCAAGGUCAACCUGAUUCCCGUCAUUGCCAAGGCCGACACCCUGACCGACGAGGAAAUUGCCGCCUUCAAGGAGAGAAUCCUUGCAGACAUCAACUACCACAAGAUCCAGAUAUUCGAGGGUCCUCGCUACGAGCUCGACGACGAGGAGACGAUUGCCGAGAACGCGGAGAUCAUGUCUAAGGUGCCCUUUGCCGUUGUCGGUGCCAACGCCGAGGUUACCACUGCCGACGGCCGCAAAGUCCGAGGGCGUAGGUAUCCCUGGGGCGUCAUCGAGGUCGACAAUGAGGAGCACUGCGAUUUCGUCAAGCUGCGCCAGAUGCUUAUCCGAACACACAUGGAGGAGCUUAAGGAGCACACCAACAACCAGCUUUACGAGAACUACCGCUCCGAGAAGCUCAUGGCUAUGGGCGUGCAGCAGGACUCCAGCGUGUUCAAGGAGGUCAACCCGGCGGUCAAGCAGGAGGAGGAACGCUCGCUGCACGAAGCCAAGCUCCAGAAGAUGGAGAUGGAAAUGAAGAUGGUCUUCCAGCAGAAGGUGGCAGAGAAAGAGAGCAAGCUGCGACAGAGCGAGGAAGAGCUCUACGCCCGUCACAGGGAAAUGAAGGAGCAGCUAGAACGGCAACGACAGGAGCUGGAGGAGAAGAAGACGCGCAUCGAGCAGGGCCGGCCGCUCGAGGAGAAGGGCAAGAGGAAGGGCUUCUCGCUCCGUUAA